CUGCUUUUGGAAAGUGUUGACAGCGAGCAAGCAGGGAGGGCGAAGAUGCCCAAGAAAGGCCGUGAAAAAGAAGCCCCGGGUCCCCGACCUCAGAAAAAGACGGCUACGCUCGCUGAAGCUAUGCCACAAGUUUGGUUACCGGACCAGCCGGUCAUGGACGAGUCUGGAAGCUACCCGUUCGUCCUACCUCCAGCGUCGAGAGACGGACACUCACCGACUGACCAGGAACAGAAACAGAUGGCAGAGUUCUGGGAGAAGGAGGAGCAGAGGACUCCGAAGGGGUGGGACGAGGAGGAGGAAUUGGACUAUUCGGAGGUGGUGAGGAAGAGAGAGGAGAGACAGAUGAGCCGACCUAGGGACUCAUCUGAAGAGAUGCCAGAUCUAUUCAAGUACUCGCGGUCAACGGUCUACACCGUGAAGACACUAGGCCACAUCUCUCCACCUCCCUAGCUCCCAGACCACUGAUCUCCAGACCGCCACACUGGCAAUGGUUGACAAGGCCCAGGUAGAGGGAAAGAGGGCGGGCAGAACAUUAGCUCAACUCGUCUCCUUCACUUAUCUACACCCAUUGUUUAUAGCAGGCAUGUCUAGAAGAAUGUUUAAAAGACUCAAUAAAAGGCUUUUGGACCUGAUUUGGGAUUUAUUGCUCAAACUAGGCAAUAGAUUAAUUAUAGUAAAAGAAAUAAUGCGAAUUACACAAAUGAGAACACAAUUAUUCCAUCUGAUAUUGUUUUAGUGAUAACUGUAAAUUAACGUCUCUAAUGUAUCAGAGGCAGGGACUGUUGCCAUGGGUUACAUCCGAAUCGGACCAACGACUCCUCUCCAUCUCCAAAUAUGGGAUAAAAGUGAUGGACACUCGAAGGCAACGAAUCUUUGCCCGCCACGCCCUCCAUUACAUCAUCAACAUUACCUACUACGAGGACACGUACGGGAAACACAUGCUUGCCGUCAAGGUUGCCACGACGACAGCAUCAGAUCGACAACAGCAACAGGAGCUGCACAUCUACGAGGCUAAUGAUGAG